GUGACAUUGAUGUUUCCUCCAGCUUAUUUCUGCUAGUUUCCGGAGUAAAUGCUUAAGUUGCACUAAUAUGGCAUACAACGGUGGCAGAGCCCCUGUUUUGGUCACUCAAGCUGGAUCGGAGUGAGAGAAAGGCCACAGGAUUUAGACGUCAUGGGACGAUGUUGGGUGCUCCUCUGCUUUGUUUUGCAAGUGCUUCGGUGGGCGUUUACAGAGGCCGAGGAGUGGAGUGUAACCAUGCCAGCAGAGAUCAAUGUUCUGACCAGAUCGUGUGUGGUCAUCCCCUGCACCUUCACCCACCCUCCGUCACACGAGCCGUCCCAAAUCAUCUGGUACAGCUACUCUAGUACCAAGUACCCCAUAGUCUACAGUGAAAAGCCUAAGGACGUCAUCGAGCCUUUCCAUGGCAGAACUGAGUUCGUAGGAGAUGUGAAGUCUGGAAACUGCAGCCUGAAGAUCAGCCAUGUUCUACCAGCAAUGAAUGAAUAUCAGCUUUAUCCUUGGAUCGAUCCAGAUGCAGUCAAACACAAGUUCUACCACAAAACCGUGAAGCUAAAAGUCCAAGAGACCACACCAGUAGUACAACUUACUGUUGAUGGAAAUCCAAAAGAGGGGGAGACUCUUCGUAUUUCCUGCGCAGUGGUGCACACUUGCAUUUCAUCUCCCCCUACCCUUUCUUUUGGGGACACAAGUGGGGACGUCGAGAAUAACCAAACGGACCUGGGCCAGGGCUACUGGCGAACUGAGAGCACCAUCUCUUUCCCUGCCAGAGCCAGUGAUCAGGGCAGGGCAGUGGGCUGCUGGGUCGGUCAUCCAAGCAGGCAGGCGGCUCCAACUUGGGUGGAGAUAAACGUACACUAUGCUCCUCGAUCAGUUCAUGUCUCUGCUGAGAACAGCACAGCUCUGGUGGGUGGGAAUGUAACUCUGGAGUGCCGCAGUGACGCUAACCCACCCUCCUCCACAUUCCUGUGGUACCUUCAGAGGGACGGAUCUGUGCGAACACUGACCACUCCAGAGGACAGCAUCACGGUCACUGACCUGCAGCACGACCAGAACAGCUUUUACUGCACGGCCCAGAACAUUCUCGGAAUGGCCAACUCUUCCUCACCCUUUAUCAUCACUGUGGAGUACAAGCCCUCCAUCUUGCCUGAAUCCAGCUGUGUUAUCCAUGGUCCAGCGUUGCGAUGCUGGUGUAAGGUCCGAUCCCUGCCUAGCGCCUCUGUGGAGUGGACGGUGGACGGCACGGAUGCUCAGUCUGCCCUCAGCCAUGUUGAGAUGUUCAGUGUACGACAGAACCACACACUCAGCGGGGAGAUGCUGUUUAACAUGACUGUCCAGCACACAACUGUGACUUGCAGGGCCUAUCAACGAUCAUGGCCAGCAUGAGCACACCCUGCUCAUAAAGGCGCCCCCGCAGAACGUGUCAAUAAGCCAGCGGCCGCUGCAUGUCCUGGAAGGCCAGUCUCUCACGCUCUCCUGUUUGAGUCACGCUUUUCCAGAAGUGCUGUCCUACAGCUGGUACCUGGUGUAUGAGGACAGGGAGGUCCAGCU